AGACACUGCGAGCCAUCCGCGACGAACGCCAUCUUGUGUUUUUUCUUGAGACUUUCGUGGUGCAAAAAGUGUGAAAAUGCCACGAAUUACGAUAAAAGGAGGAGUUUGGAGGAACACGGAGGAUGAAAUCCUCAAGGCUGCUGUGAUGAAAUAUGGCAAAAACCAGUGGUCACGAAUCGCCUCACUUCUGCACAGAAAGUCUGCCAAACAGUGCAAAGCAAGAUGGUUUGAGUGGCUGGACCCCAGUAUUAAGAAGACAGAGUGGAGCCGUGAGGAGGAUGAGAAGCUGCUGCACAUGGCCAAACUCAUGCCCACCCAGUGGAGAACCAUCGCUCCUGUGGUGGGCAGGACUGCUGCACAGUGUCUGGAGAGAUACGAGUUCCUGCUUGAUCAGGCACAGAAGAAUGAGAAUGAGGAGGAGUCAGGUGGUUUGGGGGAUGAUCCCAGGAAACUGAAGCCAGGAGAGAUCGACCCCAACCCAGAGACCAAACCAGCCAGACCUGAUCCUAUUGACAUGGAUGAGGACGAGCUGGAGAUGUUGUCGGAGGCGCGUGCCCGUCUGGCUAACACCCAGGGGAAGAAGGCCAAGCGGAAGGCGAGGGAGAAACAGCUGGAGGAGGCCCGCCGUCUGGCCGCGCUGCAGAAACGCAGAGAGCUGAGAGCAGCAGGGAUAGAGGUCAUGAAGAAGAGGAAGAAGAAAAGAGGUGUGGACUACAAUGCAGAGAUCCCGUUUGAGAAGAAACCAGCGCCAGGGUUCUACGACACGGCCGAGGAAACCUACCAGCCGCUCAAGCCAGACUUCAAGAAGCUGCGUCAACAGAACUUAGAUGGGGAACUCCGAGAUGACGUGGAAAGUCGUGAGCGGCGGAAGGACAAGCAACGACAGAAGAGGAAGAAGGAAAAUGAGCUACCCGAUGCUAUCCUGCAAACUCAAAGAGCCAACAAUCCAGAGUUCCAGAAGAAAAGGAGUAAGCUGGUGCUACCUGCACCACAGAUUUCUGAACAAGAGCUGGAGGAGGUGGUCAAGCUUGGCCAGGCCAGUGAGUCGGCCAGAAUGGUGGCAGAAGAAGGGGCCGGGAGUGAAGCGUCCAGAGCACUUCUGUCGGACUACACCGUUACGCCUCGGCCAGACCAGCUCCGUACUCCGCGAACUCCUGCCACACAGGACAUGGUUCUUCAGGAAGCGCAGAACAUCAUGGCUCUGACAAAUGUGGACACGCCCCUGAAAGGCGGACUCAACACCCCGUUACACGAGAGCGACUUCUCUGGAGUCACGCCCAAGCACCAGGCAGUAGCCACACCUAACCCCACAUUCGUCACACCAUUCAGAACUCCUGGGCAGAGUGAUGGUAUGACUCCGGGGCGCGGGUUCACACCAGGCCGUGGUUCAGUGACGGCAGGACAGACCCCGCUGCAGGCCUCCGUCAGAGACAAACUCAACAUCAACCCUGAGGAGGGUCUGAUGGAGUAUGACGAUCCACAGUAUGCCAAACACCUGCAGGAGCAGCACAAGUCCCAGCUCAGACGUGGUCUCCAGGGUCUGCCCACUCCUAAGAACGACUUUGAGAUUGUGAUGCCAGAGGAGAUGCCACAGGACAUGGGGAUGGAGGUGGACCCACAGGCCAGCUUCAGACCUGACCAGGCAGACAUUGACUCGGCAGAACAGGCCAGGGUCAACGCUGAGAGGGAGCGUGAACUAAAGCGCCGCCAUCAUGCCGUACAGAGAGACCUGCCACGUCCCCAGGAACCCAACUCUUCCAUCCUCCGACCCCUCGUCAUGGACCCUCCUCUCACAGAACUACAGCUGGCUGAGGAGUUGAUAAAGAGAGAGAUGGUUACCAUGCUACAUCACGACGCCAUCUACAACCCCUCAGAAGAACAGGCCGCCAUGGCUGCAGGAGACAAGAAGAAAGGCGCCCAGUCAGCCGGAAACAAGAUGGCUGAACACAUCGCAUACCUGGAGGAAUACCCUUACAACAAAGUAGACGAAGACAGCAUGAACUUAGCUAAGGAACUGUUGUCCCAUGAGAUGGAGGUAGUGAAGGCAGGGAUGGGCCAUGGGGACCUGUCAGUGGAGGUGUUUAACCAGGUGUGGGAGGAGUGUUACAGCCAGGUGCUGUUCCUGGUCUCACAGAACCGCUACACACGAGCAAACCUUGCCAGCAAGAAGGACAGGCUGGAGAGUCAGGAGAAGAGACUCGAGAUGAACCGACUUCAAAUGACCAAAGAGGCCAAAAGAGCUGCCAAGAUUGAGAAGAAACUGAAGAUCCUUUUGGGAGGUUACCAGUCCCGUGCUACAGGACUGUACAAACAGCUACAGGAGAUGCACGACCAGACCGAGCAGACGUACGUCGAGCUGAAGACGUUUGAAAAACUCAAACAGAAUGAAGAUGUGGCCAUUCCCAGGAGAAUCGAGUCGUUGAAGGAAGACGUGAAACGACAGACCGACCGUGAACACGAGCUGCAGAAGCACUACGCAGACCUGAUCGUGGAGCGAGACAUGCUCGUCAACAGACUACAGCAGGGGAAGGCCAACCAAUGAACAACAGGUCACAUGAUGGCAGGAUCUCAAUCUGAUUGGUCAACUGGUGUCAAGGCCCUUUGGUGUAGCAUUCAGACCGUAGGCAGAACAUACUGCGCCUGCAUGAAACCCGUAAUGUAUUGUGCAUAGACCUUCAGCAGUAUGUCUCAUUCAA